AUGUCGAAGAGUGAUGGUGAGAUACGGUUUGGGAACCCAGCUGAGCUGCAUGGAACGAAGGUUCAGAUUCCAUACUUAACCACAGAGAAAAAUUCCUUCAAAAGAAUGGACGAUGAGGAUAAACAGGAAACACAGUCUCCCACGAUGUCACCCCUCGCCUCCCCUCCUUCUUCCCCGCCUCAUUACCAGAGGGUGUCCUUGAGCCAUGGCUACAGCAAACUGCGGAGCGGCACAGAACAGAUGCAUCCAGCUCCAUAUGAAAGUAGGCAGCCCGUUGGCCAGCCUGAGGGACCCUCCUCAGAGGGUCCAGGAGCCAAGCCUUUUCGACGUCAGGCAUCUCUUAUUCGG